AUGAAUUCGUCAUCACAAGAAGAUCUCGUCUCGACCCAAACCUCAUUUUCUCCAUCCGCGAACCUUACUACCAUCGACGGCAGUCCAGGCCAGAACCACGAAUUAUCCACGAGCCCUCGUCUCGAAGAUGGUAUGCUUCCAGAAUUAAAUGUAAACGAAGACAAUGGAUUUGGAGACUUUGGAUUCAAUCGUCAAGUUGAACUAGAUUAUGGACGAAAGCUUGCAAACUUUUCUGUUAGUCCAAAACUACCUGAUGUUGAAGGCACAGAAGAUCAUCCAAGCAUACGACAAGUCACAAAAAGCUUGGGAAUUCAAUAUGGUGCUCGACCGACCGCGAAAGAAAAUGCAUCCAGUGUUACCUUUACCGAAAAUUUCAUGACAGAUGAAGUUGUUCUAUGGGAAUACCGUGAAAGGUUUUAUAAUGGUUCCAGUUCAAAUGUUUUUUCGAAAGAGGAUUUCAAAAACAUCGAGAAAAGGCUUGAGCCGGAAGCAUACAACAGGAUGAAGCUGAACUAUGAAACUAGGGCCAAGCGCGAAAUGCAUGCCUUUAUGAAACACCCAAGACGUAGCUCUCUGUACUACAAGGGAAUUCCUAAGACUGAGGAGAGUUCCUGCGCGGGGCAGUCUUCUGCUUGUGGUUUUGUAUCUACAUUCCCACCUAUGGACUGGCUUAGACUUCUAUCGCACGUCAAUAGAGUGUUCAGAGACGAGUUAGCCAAAGUUAUGUGGUCUCAAAGCACGAUUGAGGCUAAUUGGGACAUCGGUGGCUUUCCAAAAGCACUUGUAGAGUUCAUUCAAGAUGCACCUGCAGCUGUCGCUCAUGUCCGGAAGAUAUCUUUCGGAUCCAUCAUACAGUGUGUGCAAGAUCCAUCAAGCCCUGAUAGUCUGGAUGAUAUAGAUCGAGGAUUCAAAUUGAUGGCCUCCCGGCUAAAUCUGAAGGUAUUGGAAAUACGUCUAUAUGCUCAUGCGGCAGAUAUUGAAGAUGUUAUAACAACAGAAGGCCGACAUUCAACCAUUAUGGCUAUCCGAAAUCUUGUCGUUACUGAACGAAUCAAUCUCCACCUUUCCAUAUUCGCGUCUUGCCGUGCACAGGCUGAAGAUAUAGAAUAUCAAAAACUUGAAUCAAAGUACCAGCCCAUUUUGAGAGAUCUCAUGAUGCCAGAUACUUUAAGAAACGCCGAAACGAGAGCGCGGUCUGAACAGCAGAAAUACUUGGAGGAUCGACUUAAAGCAUGA